AUGGGGAUUCCCGCACGGCUGUGGCUCUGCAUAGCACUGUGCUCGCUGGUUCUUUUCUUGACAAGUACACCAUGCCAAGGCCAGAGGCUCCGCGCAGCCAGCGAGCUAGCACCUGCGCCAGCUCCGCUGCGCUCGGUAACUCGGCCGCCUAAGCAGGCAGCGCGCAGCGGCGUUCCUCGCUCGGCAGCUGCCGCCGGCGAGCCCAGCCCCGGCCCCGGCCGAGCGGCCAUCGCCCGGCUGGCCGCCGUGCGGCCGCCAGCGCCUCACCGGCCGGCUUUGCCGGAUGCGCCGAUUGCGCCGGCUUCAGCAGCCGCAGCGGACGCAGCGAAUGCGCCGGCCGGGGCGGCCGAGCCGGCCGCUGCCGCGGCCGCUCCCGCCGCCGCCGCCUCGACGCUGUUUGUCGUCUGCGCUAAGAGCGCUACCGUGACUCAGCUCGGCAGGGGCAGGAAUGCUUCCGUGGUGCUGGAGGGCGUGGAUCCCUGGGCGACCUGGUUCACCGACAAGCCGGUGCACCGAGGCGGCAGAAUAAUGUCAUCGCGAUUCUUUGGGCCGGAGUUUCAGAACAAUGGCUCUUGGAUGCUCUUCCCAAACCUAGCACUGUACUCUGGGGGAUUAACAGGGACAAGGGAGCCAAUUGACAGGGUGUUGAUAAUCACAGUGGGGUCCAACCCUGCUUACAGCAACUUCAGUGACUCAUCCAGCAUGCUGUCAUCGAUGUCCAUUCUGUCCGAUGGAUCUGUCACAUUCCCAGCCGUCACCCUGGGUAAAAGGGAUAUUGGCAAAGACACUGUGGCGGGCUACUACAGCAGCGUAAGAGGCACUUUCGCAGAUGGAGACAUCACUGUGUGGAUGCAGCGUGCUGGGCACUUGUGGAUGUCAUAG